AACAUUCUUUUUCAGUGUAGGGCAGGAUAAGGUUUAAAAGCUGGAUAAAACUGGAUAAAUUGUCAAACCCAUGACAGAGCUACUGAAUACACUUAAGGUGGAGACCAAAACAAAGCUAUAAGAAAAGUGAAUAUUGGACUUCAUCAGGUGACCAGAAACACAACUCCAAUGAAUGCUAAUGUUGCUGUGGCUCUCUAGUGACUAAAACAAUAAUUAACAGUACUUUAAGUAUUUUUUAUAUAACAUAAAAUAAUCAUGACUAAAUAAAUUCUUUUUAGAAUUUAACCAACAAAACUAAUCUUCCUCAUCAAGGCUGUAUGAGUUUGAUCAGAUUUGACAGUGGCAACAUAAGUAAACAACAAUACAUCCACUUUUUAGUUAAAAUGUCGAUUAAUCCUUAUUGGUGCACUGAAGUAAUAAAACGAUCCAAAAACGAACCAAAACGGUUCCAACUUUAGCAGGAAAUUGUAUGGUCAUGUUGGACCACAUUGAGACAAGAAGAUUAUUGAAAAAAUAUGUUUGCAUGGCCUUUACAUGUGUUGCUACCUGAUACGUAUCGCUAUUAGGGGAUGUAGAAAAAGGCAUGUAGAAAAAGGCAUGCACUGUCUCCGUACUUCUGAGUGCGUCUUAAAUAAAAACGAUAUAGUCUGGAGUUGAACUAAGCUGGACUUUGACCGUUUUGUUGAGGUCAACUCACCAUCCAUUGUGUUGUAUUUUUAACCACACAGUGCAAACAGUGCAGUCUAAAAAAACAAAUAUGAUCGGCUCUGCCAAAAAUACUGACUGAAAAGACUGUUGUACUUUCCCACUGGACCAAAACAGUCAAAUCAUGUCCACACCUAGUGAAAUUACAAUAUGACCGCCGUCUUCCCGUUAAUAUCAGCCACUGUGUAUUGUCCUGUAUAUGGUCCAGGCUCACGACAUUUGCAUGUUUUACAGUCUCAUCUGUUUGUGCAAGCUGUUUACAUGAUUCAGUGACGUCUGUGUUAAAGCUACUUUCAGUGUCGUGAGCCAGGGCUGGCGAGAUGAUGAAACCAUUUGGAUCAUUCGGAUGAGUCUUAUUUUUCAAAGCCUUGGAUAAGUUUUGUUUUUUUAAAUAAUUUUCGAGAAAAGACGGAUUUUUCGGAGGCAUUGUUAGAAAUGUUCAACAUCGUGCAGAUUUCCAUUUCUCUGGGCUGCAAGUGAAAAAGCGGAGCCUCGAAACCUAAAACUUUCCCCAGAAGGACUUGACUCCGGAUUCGAAUUCUGGUUUUGAACAGCUUUUAGUUUACAUUCAGUUUUGAGGAUUCAGCUCGGUUAAAACUACGCCACUCAGGUGUUUAAACAGACUUUCAGGCAUACACAGAGCAUCGGGAUGAUGAACACAGGCGUCAGUUUAUACCCAGAACAAGAGCAGCGGGAUGACUCUGAACCCGGUACCCAGGAUGAAUCCAACUGGGGGACACCGGAGCAAAAGUUCCGCAUACAGCAGCUUCACAACAGGCGUUUCCUUCUGCUCAAGAUGAAGCAUUUCAAAAAGAAGGCAGAGGACAACGGCGUCUGGACCACAGAGGAAAUGACCUGUGAGGACAGCGAUCAACUGUGUGAGCUGGAGGCCAUCCAGAAGGAGCUGGACGAGCUGCUGGCUAAAAAGGAGUUGGAGAAAAAGGGAAAUCGCUCCAAACUCAGAGCAAAUGAAGGUCAACAGGACGCUUAUAACUCUGAGACACCCCGUGGAGGGAUCUACACGCUACCGCCUGUCCAGCUGACACAGGAGGACAUUCCACUGGAGGGGAGAGUAAAAACUAAGCCUGUAGCAGAAAGACCAACAGGCCUAGUCGUUCCAGCGGACAGUCUGGAUCGGACACCUGCGAUCACCAAAUGUCCAUCCUGUGAAGAGAUCAUCAUCACAGAAACCCGCAGCAGAGUGGGCGAGGCUUCGUGGAUGUUAUGCUUCUUGUGCACCUUGACAGGGUGUGUCGCAGGCUGCUGUUUAAUCCCUUUCUGCGUGAAGCGUAUGAGAAACGUCCACCACCGGUGUCCCCGGUGCCAGGCAAACGUACACACCCACCGGCCAUUCUGACAUGGAGGGUUACGAUAUUAACAGCCCUGAUGUGAUUUGUAGAGUACGAUCCACGGCUUCUGUGCUCGAGUGACCACUUCCUGUGGUCGUCUUGGAUCUGUCUGGGACUCGGCCUCAGCUGUUUACUGAUCUUGGCAAAGUGCCUGGAGUCGACUACAGCGCUGGCAAACUGAUAAAUUAAGGACAUUUUCACACGGUGAAAGUCAGUCUCAGUUUGCCAACUGGAAUAUCAGCAUAACAGUGACUUAUUCAAGAUUUAAGCUCGCAAAUGCAAACUCACUUUAAUCAUGUGUAGACCAGCUAAUGUGUUACUGAGAGCUACAAAAACUGAUCCCUACAUUUGAAAGGGAUCAAGGUCUUUUUGCUGCCGAUAUUAGGAUACAGCUUUAUGGUUUGACAGUCAACAAUCUAAUGACCUUUAUGACUGCUUUCGUUGGUAUAAGGGAAAUAUGUCUGGGAACAGCCAUUAUCUCAGAGGAAAAUGGAAAUAGCGUUGCUUAACAUAUGCAAACACGGACCCGUAACCGUAAGUCCGGAAAAAAGUUUUCAUACGCUGUCAACGGUCAAAUGUAGUGCCUUGCUUAAUUCUUCUGUUUCUGUACUCUCGUAAGUUCUAGUUAGAUAUUAUUUGUUUGUGAUAUAUUUUAUAGAACAUUUUUAUUAUUCUGUAAUGAACUUCUGCAGAGGCGUUCACAGUACACCAAAUUUUAUUGACACAUAAAGGCAUACAGUACUUAUAUAUACAUAUUUUUGAGUAUUUACAAAAUAGAGAACCCAUGGAUGUUACACAUGUAGAAAAAUAUGCAUUACAUCUAUAUAAAUAUGUACACAAUGUGCAAAACAUAUGGCAUACAAACAACAAGAGGCAUGGCAUGGGUGGUGCAGAUAGUGAGGAGACUACGGCUACAAUGAAGCAUGUAAAAUGUCCCCUAAAUUCAUAGAUUUUAGUUAAACGUCUUGUCUGAAGUU